AUGAAAAAAGUCAUUCGAGAUAGUUUAAUAAAAAUCGAUUAUUGGUAUGGAAUACAAGAUCACUUGAAACUGAUCGGUUGUGAAACCUAUGUAAGUAAGGUUCCUGCUUUUGGGACUAUCGAUGAAAGGGCUAGGGGGUUGAAUGACUAUUUAGAUCACUUAUUUCCUAAUCAGGGAAAAAAAGAAGUUAAUCUAAUAGCACAUUCUAUGGGAGGUUUAGAUGCUAGGUACUUGAUAUCUAAGUUAAAGAAUGAAAAUUUCCAGGUCAAAUCGUUAACAACAGUUUCCACUCCUCAUAGAGGUUCUGAAGUUGCAGAUUUUGUCAUUGAUCAUAUGAACUUCCCUGUGCUAGUAUCAAAAGCUGUACCUCAAUUGACCACUUACUACAUGGAGAAAUUUAAUCAAGAUGUUCAGAAUGAUCCAAAAGUGGCGUACUUUUCUUAUGGGGCUCAAUUCAAACCUCAUUGGUAUAAUGUGUUCCAUUAUCCUCAUAAUAUCAUUAGACGUAGAAUAUUGAGGAGUGGUGGUACUCAUUGGGAAAAUGAUGGUUUGGUGAGUGUAGAGAGUUCAAAAUGGGGAGAGUACCUAGGAACAUUGGAUGGGGUAGAUCACCUAGAUCUUAUAAACUGGACAAAUAGGCUUAGGUCCUUUUUUGAUAGUGUUGUUAAUAAGCAAGAACAAUUCGAUGCUCUACAUUUUUAUUCACAUAUUGUCAAUGAUCUAUAUAAACGAGGUUUUUAA